ACAAAGUUAGCCUUCAAAAUACUUACAAAUCCCAAUAAAAGACUUCAUCUCCAUGUGUAUUUGAGUGUCAACGACAAGUCUACACAAAGGGUAAGAGGUCAACAAGACCACACAACACUUCUUACUAUUAGUUUUGCAAAGGCCGUUCGUUGGACAUUUCCUUCUCUCUCCUCCCCUCUUCUUCUUCUUGUUCGCUCUAUAAACUCUCAUCUCUCACGUCUUUUUUUCCUUACAUUCUCCAAACUCAAAAUUUCAUCACAUUAAUUUCUCUCUAUUUUUCUUUUCUUACUUCAAUAGUAAUGGAUAACACUGACCGUCGUCGCCGUCGUAAGCAACACAAAAUCGCCCUCCAUGACUCUGAAGAAGUGAGCAGUAUCGAAUGGGAGUUUAUCAACAUGACUGAACAAGAAGAAGAUCUCAUCUUUCGAAUGUACAGACUUGUCGGUGAUAGGUGGGAUUUGAUAGCAGGAAGAGUUCCUGGAAGACAACCAGAGGAGAUAGAGAGAUAUUGGAUAAUGAGAAACAGUGAAGGCUUUGCUGAUAAACGACGCCAGCUUCACUCAUCUUCCCACAAACAUACCAAGCCUCACCGUCCUCGCUUUUCUAUCUAUCCUUCCUAGUGUUUUUGUUUUUAAGCCAACGAAAAAAGAAAAUAAAAAAAUUAUAAUAGAUGUAUAGUAGUGGUUCUUGUUAGUUUGAAGAAUUCAUCAUCUAUUGUUUUCUUUUUGUUGUUAUUUCAUUUAUAAUUUUUAUAGUAUAGGUUUCAUUUGGUAAUCAACUUUAAUCCAUGCGGUUAGGUUUUUUUAUUUUCUCGUCUACGACUUUUAUAUCCACAACUAGAUUUUAAUCCGCGGUAUAUCGCGGUAUAAUUUACUUUUUAAAGUUAAUAUAUAUUAAAACUUG